AUGGGCAAAUUUGCUUCCCUACCAACGACGUCACAUUGUCCUCCAAACUGGACGAAUGCUAUUGAUGUCAACCUUCACACAUCAACAGGCCAUUCACACAUUCACCCCCAUCAACAAGCACGCAAAAGACGUCGUGGAGAGAUUGCGAAUCCAGCAAACACUCUCGAUGGUUUGGUGGCGAAACGUGCUGAUGAUAUUGGUGCUUCUGAAUCACUUAUUAAACGUUAUCUGACUGAGAAUGAGGCUAUCGAAUCACCUUCUGACGAUCAAGAACUGAAGCGAAUUGAAACAGAUCCGGAUGUGUCGACAAGAACAUGUUCCAUUUGUGGAUACCAAGGCAAAUGGGACAGUUCGACUAUUACAGAAACUCAUGGAAUUCGCGUUGUUUCGAAGUACAGUCGCAGUAAAACAUUUGACGCGUCGACAACAGCAUUACAUGAACUGAAAGACAACAAACCAGAAGCUCUUCAAACCCAAUCAAAACCUCUUCCGUAUACCAUUAACGUUGAUCCGUUACCGCCACCCGCAAUAAACUCUUCGCCAUCCAACAAACAAACGACGUCUUAUUUGCUGUCAAGCGAAAGAGAACACCAGCAUGAUAAUAUUAACAAGCUUGAACGUGCUCCAAUUGCCUAUCGUUGUGUAUUAUGUCUUUUUGAACAGGAGUCGCUUCUUGUGUUGAUGAGCCAUUUGAGAAACGUUCACAAUGCUGCCUUCUAUGAGUGCCGUAAUUGUGCUUGUUCAUUUAUGGAUGCAAUGAAUGCAACUGAACACUUUGAUAAUUCUUCAACUUGUUCAUCAAACGCACUUUACGCUAACAUUGCACCUAUUUAUGCAACUCAAAACGAGCAUUCGGCAUUCUCAGUAUGUGGAGCGUCGAAAGGUAGUAGCGCAGAAGAGCUGCUACGAGGACUGUUUAAUUCAUCUUCAUCAUGUGCAAAUUCGUUUUUGCCACUCAUUCAGACUCUAAAUCAAUCUCAAUCAUUCGGUAUCUCUACAACAAACUGCGAUAGCAAUCGUUCUCUUCUGAACGUACUCAGCACUUACGCUAAUCUUGAAUCAGGUGCAUGCGAUAAGUGCCCCUACAAGGGUGAUAAUGAUGCUUUUCUCACACAUAAAAAAGGCCACGAUAUACCGAAAGGAUUACUCAACUAUAAAUGUGUAUUUUGUGAUUGGUUUGCAAAGCGAAAGAACUCCAUUGAAGAACAUAUGCGUGUUCAUACAAGCAAUCCACAACUCUAUAUGCCUCAAGUUGAGAAGAAUCUCAUCACACCAGUAACAAUUGCAAAGUAUGCUAGCGAUUCUAAUGCUGCUGCUGCGGUAAUCAGUUCUGAUGAGCAUUUGUUCGGCAAUAACUCGUUUACAAACACUUCACGCAUCUCUGCCAGCGCAGCUACUCCUGAGCAAGUUCGAUAA